AUGAUUGUUGUGAUCUUCCUCCUGAUAUUAGUUAUCCUCCUUGCUCAGUUCGCUAUUAUCUGCGCAAAAAGAGAGUUAACAGAAACUGAGACGAGUCCUUUGCCACCUGGUUCUAGUUCAUCGUCUGCUCAAGCUGUUAAGGGAAGCGUCGACAAAAUAAGUGAUGAAAAAAUUUCAACUCAAAUUUCUCUCGAAACAGCACCAGCUUAUUUUGAAGAGCAUGACGUGUUUGAAUUAGCAGGAGAAUUACCUGAACGAACAGCUGCCAGCACUGUGGGAACACAGUCUGCAUCUGAGCGUAGCGCUCAACACAUGGCAAAAAUCGCUGAAAAAUAUCCUCCUGAGAAAGGUGAAGAACAUUCAGGAGCGAAGCGUACGACAACAGGAGACGUGGAAGACGGAGCGGUGGUCGUUGAACGGGCAGUUCCGCCGCCGAGAGAGAUAUCGCCGAAAUCGAGCAAAGUCGGUCAAAAAGCGCGGGAACCUUCACCGGAGCAAUCCUCUGACCUCCCUCGGAGGUCAGCUUUGCUUCAUGAAAGAAGUGCUGAUAUAUGGGAAUCCUUCAAAAAACUAGAGGAAACACAACCAGAUCUGGUCGAUUACACUUCGUUGAUGGCCGAUCCUGUAGUAGAUAUGGCUGAAAUCGAAAAGAAUCCUCCAGAAGUUGGUUCACUCGGUGAUCUUCUUGUUCAACUUAAUAGAGCAAAAGCGGCAAGAAUACGAAACGAAAACAAUGAGGUCGGGAGGGCAAUGCCAAACGAGGAACAAUCGGGAAGGACAAAAAUCCCCGACAAAACCUCCCUGAGAGUGCCAACUUCAAUUCCCGUUCCUAUCAAAAUUUCCGUCAAAGAGACUCCCUCGAAGAAAUUCCCAGCCGUUGUUGCAUCGAAAAGAGGUAUUAACAAGCAAAAUUUGUCAAGCGUAGUGGGAUCACAAAAAUCAAAAUCAAAAAAAAGUCAGACGUCGUCAAAACUCACAAAACAAGCCUCGGAAUCUUUAAGAAAGAACACACUAAUGAAUUUCUACGCUUCACUUCUUUUCCUUGCAACAAUGACGAUGAUUUCGUUCCUCGCCCUCGCUGAAGAUCAAGAUCCUUACUUUGCUUUCAACCCUCACUAA